AUGAAGACAUGCAAGACAGUGUCUAUGUGCACCCCACUGGAGGAGGCUCAAGGCACACAUGUGUUCGAAAUCUUGGAUUACAGCAAGUACAGGGGCAUGGGCCACGAUGACGACAGCUACAUACGGUCAGGGGUUUUCGCGGUCGGCGACCACAACUGGGCCAUACGCUUCUUCCCUGAUGGGUACAAAGGAGAAGGCCAAGAUUACAUCUCAGUUUAUCUCGAGCUUUUGUGCAUCACUGACCUCCGGGCGUCCUGCGACAUGAGGCUAGUGGACCAGCGCACUGGAAUCUCCCAUUCAAUGCAUAAGACAGGACCUAGGAUGUUCAGGUCCAGUGACACUACUAGGUUUGCUCCACUGACUCCUAUUUUCAUAAGGCGAAGUGAGAUCGAGGGAUCCGUGUACCUUACGGAUGAUCGCUUGAUGAUCGAAUGCGUCGUCACAGUUUUCGAGAGGCCACAUGUUACCGAAACCAAAUCGUACCCCAGAAUCGACAUGCCACCGGCUGACAUGACCGACCAUGUUGCCAAGCUGCUCGAAGAAAGGAAGGGAUUUGAUGUCAGUUUCAUUGUUGGAGGAGAGACCAUUGAAGCGCAUAGUUUUGUUCUCGCUAUGCGAUCGCCUGUUUUCAAAGCAGAGCUCUAUGGGUCAAUGUGGGAGGCGAGGCCGGGGCAGUGCAUAACCGUCAAGGACAUGCGACCCUCUGUUUUCAAGGCCCUGCUCCAUUUCAUCUAUACCGACUCUUUGCCUGGCGAUGAGGAUACUGAGAUGGUUCGACUUUUACUAGUGGCUGCGGACAGAUAUGCAAUGGAUAGGCUCAAACUGGUUUGCCAAAGCAUCCUUUGUGAGGAUCUGAACAAGGACACCGUGGCAACCACAUUGGCUUUAGCUGACCAAUAUAACUGCCACCAACUUAAGGAUGCUUGCCUUCAAUUUAUGGAAUUAUCAGGAUUCAAGGAUCUCAAGGCGACUUGUCCAUCUUUCAUAGAGGACGCAUUGGAGAAGUGA